AUGUCCUUUUGGGUGGUAGAAAGACAUCACCGCAGCCCGCUUCUUGAUGGAUCAUAUAUUGCUCCCAAUGACGCCGAUUGCCGAGAUUUCAAUAUAAAUGUAGGCACCCAUGAAGAACAACAUCUCAGUAUCCAUGGCAGACUCGACAAUCGUCAGUGGAAUACGAGUGCUUCCUACGAAAGCGGCUAUCAAUAUGCAUUCAAUGAGCAGGUAGCCCAAUCGGAGCCGUCGGUACCCGUACCGAAAUUAGCAUUUCUUGUGAUUCACGAAGGUGAUGACGGGCAAACAUCAACUCCAUCGCUCUCGCCAUCGCCGAAACCACAUGCUUUCGACGACGCUUGUAACGCUUUCCACAAUCGAAGCGCCAUUCCUGUCCCUUUAGAACGAACCGAGUCUGGUUUGUCUAUAUCAUCUGAUGCCUCGGCACACCAUCACGACAGCUCGGCAGAGCAUGACCGAUAUGGACAUUUGCUGGAAGAUCUUGAAGCGGCAAGACUCGUCCGCCAACACAUCUCAAACUACCAUCGCAGAUUCCCAGACUCCCAACCGGAACGAAUCUUGAAAGCUCUCAUCAACCCAAAAUCUCGAGGUGCAGAGUUCAGACUGGACAACGACGCUUUGCGAAGUAUUUUUUCUGCAUCCAACGAGCUUUUCUUUGCUAGCCGCCUUACACGCAGAGUUGCUUGGGACUGGAGCCACUCUACAUCACAGCAGUACGAUAAUCACAUAGUUGGGACCACGGCCCUUCGGCGAAGCGCGAGGCUUGGAGGAUGGGAAACAUUGAUCGUACUUUCUUCACCUAUACUCAGGGAUAAUCAAUACAAUCGGCGGCUACUCAUCUCUACAUUCCUGCACGAAAUGAUCCACAGCUUCAUGUUUGUCACAUGUGGACUCAAAGCCAAACAAUAUGGAGGUCACACGGAUGGCUUCCGGGAGAUUGCAGGUAUUAUUGAUGAUUGGGCCGGAAAAAAUUGCCUUCACUUACGGGAUAUGGAGGCAGACUUAUCUCGUUGGCGUGGUGAUGACUUCUCUUCUGGAGACCAUGCCUUUGGCUUUGACUACAUCCACGAUGCGGUGCAGUUUGAACAAGCGGGUCGGAAUAGUGAGCGUCAGUCGCACAAGUAUGCAGACUAUCUGCAGCCCCCGUACCCAAGAGGACGUGAGGUGCAGGAGGAAUGGAGUUGGAACACACAGGAAGGCUUUGGAGAAGGCUCACAGUAUGUGGCCAAUUUGCAGUAUGUUCCUGGAUAA